AUGGCCUUGUUCGAAGUGGCCGACUGCAGUCGAAAUGCGACCGCUCCAACAUCCAGCGACGCGGGCGUCGCAGGCGCUGGUAUAUUGCUGUCCUUCAUGAUCACAGCGUUGCUCGCCAUCGUCUUAUCAAGUAGCGUCAUUUUUGCCGAAAUGCGAGGCAGAGACUCUGUCAUCCGGCGCAAACUCCUUAACGGCUACAGCGAUUCUCAAAUCAUGCAGGGAAUUGGUAUUCAGAGUGUUGGGCUGGCCAAAAUGAAUAGCCUCGUGCCUUAUCAUUUCUUCCUCAUCUGGAUGCUGUCUCUUCUUUCCAUGGCGACCCACAACGCAACACUGCUGGCCCUCAAGCAAGACUAUCGCCGCGACUGGGUUAUUCGAUGGCUGCGUCAGUUUCUCAUGUUCAUCAACCUGGCGCUGUCGUGCGUUUCAGGAGUCUUCAUUCUAGAAGGGGUUUCUAAGGGAUUGGACGACAAAACGUUGCCAGUCUCCUGUGUCUGGGAGGUCGACGGUAAAGGGGCUGCAACAAACGCCGGACUAUCCUAUGUCGGCACAAUCGUCGUUAUUGCCGGCAACUGCAUUGUCUUCGGUAUAGCUACUUGGUAUCUUCACAGUAAGCAGCAAAGAUUCUACAAGAUCAUCCAGAUUGUCGGUUUGGCUUUGAUGACAGCUAUUGCUGUCGGCGCCGCGAUUCGUAUCAUCCUGUUGUCCCAGGCAUUCGGCAACCCAUCGAUCGAUCUCAAAGACCAAGGCGAGACUGUUUGGAGUUUCGGGCAGCUGCUCUCGAUGUUACUCCUCAUCCUCCCUUUGGUAAACGUUAUUGAGAUAUACCGAGGCGAGAUUCAAGUCGCAGGACCUGUUCAGGAUGAGCGAGCCAAGGUUUAUGACGGCGAACUGCAGGAUAACCCACAGGGAUCAAGGACAAAUCUCUUUCGAAAGUAG